AUGCUUGUAAACCAUACUAGGGUUGCAUAUUUUAUUUUCAAAGGAAUAACAGAAGCACCGGAACUGCAAGUUGUGAUCUUCCUCCUGGUUCUCCUCAUAUAUCUCAUCACUCUUGGUGGCAAUAUGACUAUAUUUCUACUAAUCUGCUUGGAUCAUCGCCUACACACCCCCAUGUACUUCUUCCUAGCCAACCUGUCCAUAGUGGACAUUUCAUGUUCCACGGUCACACUACAAAGAAUCCUAGUAAACUUUGUCACAAAGAAUAAUACUGUUGGAUUCCAUGCAUGUAUAACACAAUGUUACCUUUUUGGAUCAUUAUCAAGUCAUGAAUUAUAUAUUCUGACAGCCAUGAGCUGUGAUCGAUACAUAGCCAUUUGUAAGCCUUUGAACUAUUACUUGAUUAUGAACUUUAAAACCUGUGGUGUGCUAGCUUUAUCUUGUGGGCUGUUAGGUUUUUUACAGAUCAUUCCUUACUGUGUCCUAAUAGUUAAUAUCUCUUGUUACUCCUCAAAUGAAAUUGACCACUUCCUCUGUGAUCUUCUUCCAAUAAUGAAAAUUGCUUGCAGUGACAUCUCUGUUUUGGAAGCACUGUCCUUUAUACAAGGGCUGCUUAUGUUCUUUAUAACUCCUUUUUGUCUGACCUUAAUUUCCUACUUUCUUAUAAUCAUCACCAUACUAAAAAUACCUUCUAAUAUUGGGAGACGCAAAGCCUUCUACACAUGUUCUUCUCACCUCACUGUCAUCAUUUUACUUUAUAUAACGCUGACAAUACAAUAUGUGGUACUAAACAAAAGCUUUGGAUCCACCAAACUUUUCUCUUUGUUUAAUUCUGCUAUUGUCCCCAUGUUGAAUCCAGUACUGUACAGCUUAAAAAAUAAAGAUGUGAAAUCUGCUUUUAAACAAAAGCUGGGCAGCAUAAAGGGGACUGCCAGCUUAAAUUUAUAG